AUGUCAGUAGGUCGAAACGAUCAUAAGUAUACGAAACCUCAUGCUCACUCUCUCAUCCUUGCUCACGUCCAGGUCUUCCUUCUUCUUCUUUCUCUUCUUGCCAUCCCCGCCACUCGUAUCGGCCUCGAGCCGCCUCAGCCGCUCCUCCCAGGCAGCCUCUCGCACCUGCCGCCUCCAACUCUCAUCCUCGAGCUCCCCUACUCAGUCUUCAAGGUCGCUCACCAACGCCUUCAGACUGCUCUCCGUCGCUCGAGCUUCCUCCGCAACAUGCCUCAGACACGACGAGAUGGUGGUGAGAACGUCGACUGUGUGAGGAGAGAGUGGGGCAGGAUUGGUGGAUGUAAUCUGGAGGACUCGAGAGGCAGCUCUUUGGGAAGGUAUUAA